AUGGCGCAACCACUCGUGAAGAAAGACGACGAUCAUGACGAUGAGCUGGAGGAUUCUCCGUUCCUGGGAAUUGAGAAGGGAGCUGUGCUUCAGGAAGCUAGAGUCUUCAAUGACCCUCACCUUGAUCCUAGAAGGUGCUCGCAGGUCAUCACGAAACUUCUUUAUCUGCUUAACCAAGGAGAGUCAUUCACCAAGGUUGAAGCAACAGAAGUUUUCUUUUCCGUUACAAAGCUUUUCCAAUCAAAAGACACUGGUUUGAGGAGAAUGGUCUACUUGAUUAUUAAGGAGUUAUCUCCAUCAUCGGACGAGGUUAUUAUUGUAACAAGCUCCCUGAUGAAGGACAUGAACAGCAAGAUUGAUAUGUAUCGUGCAAAUGCUAUCCGUGUUCUAUGCCGAAUCAUAGAUGGAACCCUUCUCACACAAAUUGAGCGGUACUUGAAACAAGCUAUUGUUGAUAAGAACCCUGUAAUUUCAAGUGCAGCAUUAGUCAGUGGACUUCACAUGCUAAAGACAAACCCAGAAAUUGUAAAAAGAUGGAGCAAUGAGGUUCAAGAAGCUGUCCAGUCCAGAGCAGCCCUUGUUCAGUUUCAUGCCUUGGCUUUGCUUCAUCAGAUACGCCAAAAUGACCGCUUGGCUGUCAGCAAGUUGGUUGGUACCUUGACCAGGGGAGCUGUCCGCUCUCCAUUGGCGCAAUGUCUCUUGAUACGAUACACCAGUCAGAUAAUCCGGGACAUGGGCAACCAAGGCCAGUCUGGGGAACGUCCAUUCUAUGAUUUUCUGGAGAGUUGUCUUCGCCAUAAGGCAGAAAUGGUGAUCCUGGAGGCUGCCAGGGCUAUUACUGAACUUGAUGGUGUGACAAGCCGAGAAUUGACUCCAGCAAUUACUGUGCUCCAGCUCUUCUUGAGUUCCCCUAAACCAGUGCUGAGAUUUGCAGCUGUCCGGACUCUGAACAAGGUUGCAAUGACUCAUCCCAUGGCUGUCACCAACUGCAACAUUGAUAUGGAGAGUUUAAUUUCUGAUCAGAAUAGAAGUAUUGCUACACUUGCUAUCACCACACUCCUGAAAACAGGGAAUGAAUCUAGUGUGGAACGAUUGAUGAAGCAGAUAACUAAUUUCAUGUCUGAUAUCGCCGAUGAGUUCAAAAUUGUGGUCGUGGAAGCCAUAAGAUCAUUGUGUUUGAAAUUUCCACUGAAGUAUAGAUCAUUGAUGAACUUCUUAAGCAACAUUCUUAGGGAAGAAGGUGGAUUCGAGUAUAAAAGGGCAAUUGUAGAUUCUAUUGUAACCAUUAUCAGAGAUAUUCCAGAUGCAAAGGAAAAUGGAUUGCUCCAUCUUUGCGAGUUCAUUGAAGAUUGUGAAUUCACAUACCUUUCAACACAGAUCCUUCAUUUCCUGGGAAUUGAAGGGCCGAACACCUCAGAUCCUAGUAAGUAUAUCCGGUAUAUAUACAACCGUGUGCAUUUGGAGAAUGCAACUGUUCGAGCUGCUGCUGUUUGCACUCUUGCAAAGUUUGGGUUUAUGGUUGAAGCUUUAAAGCCCCGGAUUACUGUCUUGCUGAAGCGCUGCAUCUAUGACAGUGAUGACGAGGUUCGUGAUAGAGCAACACUCUAUUUGAGUAUACUUGGCAGUGACGGCCUUGACACUGACAAAGAUAGCAGAGAGUUUUUAUUUGGCUCCCUGGAGGCCCCUCUUGUCAACAUGGAGACAAGUCUGAAAAACUAUGAGCCCUCUGAAGAAGCUUUUGAUGUUGACUCUGUGCCUAAGGAAGUCAAAUCGCAACCACUUGCAGAGAAGAAAGCCAAGGGUAAAAAGCCCACUGGUCUCGGUGCUCCACCACCUGCACCUGUUUCUGGUUUUGAUGCAUACGAAAGACUUCUUUCAUCUAUUCCAGAGUUUGCUUCCUUUGGCAAACUUUUCAAGUCUUCUUCACCUGUGGAGCUAACUGAAGCAGAAACGGAAUACGCAGUCAAUGUUGUAAAGCAUAUAUACGAUAACCACGUUGUCUUUCAGUAUAACUGCACAAACACAGUACCAGAGCAAUUAUUGGAGAGGGUCAAUGUCGUUGUCGAUGCUUCAGAAGCAGAGGAGUUCAGCGAAUUAUGUUCAAAGCCACUAAACUCGCUCCCUUACGAUUCCCCUGGUCAAGCCUUUGUGGCGUUUGAGAAGCCUGAAGGAGUUCCCGCUGUUGGAAAGUUCUCAAACACAUUGACUUUCGUUGUUAAGGAGGUUGACCAAAACACUGGUGAAGCAGAGGACGAUGGUCAGGAAGACGAAUACCAGCUCGAGGACCUUGAGGUUGUCCCUGCCGACUACAUGGCAAACUUCGGCGUCUCCAAUUUCAGAAACGCUUGGGAAAACAUGGACCCCGAAAACGAGCUUGUAGAUGAGUAUGGUCUUGGCCAAAGAGACAGCUUAGCCGAAGCUGUGAAAGCUGUAACCGAUGUUCUCGGCAUGCAGUCAUGCGAGGGGACGGAGACGGUUGCGAACAAGGCAAGGUCACACACGUGUUUACUAUCGGGUUUGUACAUAGGGAACGUGAAAGUGUUGGUCAAGGCUCAGUUUGGAAUGGAUAGCACAAGGGCGAUUGUUAUGAAACUGACGGUUAGAGCCGAGGAUCAAUCUGUCAGUGAAGCCAUUCACGCCGUUGUUGCUUCCGGCUAA